AUUUGAGUCAUUACUGAUGAGAUCUGUGGUUUUAAUCCAGUAUGAUUCUACAGUGUGCAAAGUAAGAAUUCUGGCAUGAAUUACCUCCUGUAAUUAACUGAACUCUAAGCUCCCUCAGAAAUAGUAGUCUAUUUCACAGUUAUAUACACCAUAUGUUAAGAACUUUAGUACAUGUUAACUAGAAAGUUUCUCUUUAGAAGAGAAAGUCUUGUAUUUAUUUAGAGCUGAUCGGUGGCUUAUUAUUAAGUUGUUGGUAGAAAUAAAAAAAAAGUAAGCACAUACAGACCCAAUGUUAGGGAAGGAUUAUGCAUAACAUUAUGAUAUAUAAUACACAAACAGGUGUGAAAAUUCUUAAUCCACUCUAGUUACUAUUUAAUAGAGUAGUAAUGGGCAGCUCUUGGCUUCAUAAGUCCUAAUAAUGUCCACCUAAAAUUGUCCACAAAAGAACGUAGAAUACACAAUUAAACAUUCUUAACUCACUCUAGUUAUUGCUUAGUAACAUAGUAGUGAGUUAAUUUGCAGCAGCUGACUUGAAAAGGCUUAAUAAGUGCAUUACAAAGACAUGAUAAUGCCCCCCUGUACUGAAGUGUUUCCAUAUUUAUCAACCAUGUUUUGUAGCUAAUUUAUAAUCUGAGUGAAUCUAGCAAUUUCAUUGUGUUACAUUUAUAUUUGGGGUGAAUAGAGUUAACUUCUCUGAGCAAAGCUAACUUUACCUAAGAAUAAUAGUGAAAGAGUCACAGUGUCUGUGUAGAGAUACGUGAGGAAUGUGGCAUUUUAAUCCGAGUAGCUCUAACCAUCUGAUGGGUUCUUAGUGGGCUGUUGCCUGGGCUGUUGCAGAUUAAAGGGGAAUUCCACCAAUUUUUUUUCUAUUCUAUGAGGCAACUUGUAGAGGCAUUAAACUCAGACCAAACCAGAGAUCUGGUAUUUUUCUCUAGAAGGGCACAUUUCUCAUCAAACCACUCUGAAUGAUUGUGUACAUCUUAACCAUUUCAUUAAGCAGAAAUUUUCAAAAAUCAGUGAAAUUCCACUUCAGAUCUGACUGUAGUGGGCGGUGUACCAUGAGAAGUCAGCAGAAUGGCCUGUGGCUCACAUGAUCUCUGUGCAGACUCUACGCAGUAUCCCAUGACGAAUGUGAGCGAGCCAGAGAGAUAUAUAUCCACAUGGGAACUUGCGAGUUGUUCUGAACUGAAGGUAAAGACUUGGCUUAGAGGCGAACUGGAUAAUAAGAGGUCAAAGUGUCAACAUUGUGGCGUGUUUAAGUUCUUGAACCUUAGUUAAAUGCUAGAAUGCUCCAUCACCCCCUUGUAAAGCUUGUGCAUUCUCGAAGGAUCACAUGUUACAUCAUUUGAUAGACCAAAUGUGAACAAUCUACCUCAAUUGCAGACCACAAAAGAGGCCUUGUGAGUAGUCAGCAAGGAAAGUUUAAGCUUUGAUCCAGCCAAUGUUACCUAGAGGGCUUCAAAAAGAAAAAACAAAAUAAAUAAAAUAAAACAAGAAACAUGUGCUCUGAAAUCAGUCUAGGGUUAGGGUUAGGGUUACCAGCUCAGCUUACAACCACUGUCCAUCUGCCAACAGCAGUUUCUUAGGAAAAUGCCAAACUAGAAAUUCCAGUAAGAGCAAAGAGAGAGAAGCCUCUCAGCUCAUAAUCUCUGUCACGUGUUUACAACUUGCUGGAGGCCUUUGGCAAGGCAAGGAGAAAAAAGAGGCUUUUUUAAUUCAUCCAAAUCAGGCAACUACCUUCUCUCUUCUCAGUUCAGAUCAGAUCUUGAGGGCUACUCAAGCGCUCCUUUUGCACUCCACUUGCUCAGCUAUGCAGUAGAGAUUAGUGAGUGCAGAUUUUGGAGAGGUGGUUAGCAGUGUGAGCCAUGACUCUGCUGAGUGAGGACAAGCCCUCAAGGUUCCCUGAGCCGGGCAACCACAUCACGGCCAUGGAGCCCUACUCGGUGGACUGCGGAUCCAAAGGGGACUUUGCGGACUCCAUUGAGUCGACAGUUUUCGGGGCCGUGGAGCCACCCAGAAGGUCGCGAGGCAGGCUCAUCAUGCAUGGAAUGGUCAUGUUUGGAAGGGAAUUCUGCUACGCCGUGGAGGCAGCAUUUGUCACGCCUGUGCUGCUCAGUGUGGGACUCCCUCGGAGCCUGUAUAGUCUGGUGUGGCUCAUCAGCCCCGUGCUGGGAUUCAUCCUGCAGCCGGUCAUCGGCUCGGCCAGCGACUACUGCCGCUCGCGAUGGGGCCGCAGGAGACCCUACAUACUGUCACUGGGGAUUAUGAUGCUGGUGGGCAUCACCAUGUUUCUCAAUGGAGAUGCAGUGGUUUCAGCCAUAGUGCGGCACAGGGGUGUGAAGAGGACAUGGUCCAUAGUAGUGGUCAUGUUUGGAGUCGUGCUGUUUGACUUUGCAGCAGACUUCAUAGACGGGCCUGUCAAGGCCUACCUGUUUGAUGUCUGCUCGUACCAGGACAAGGAAAGAGGCCUUCACUAUCAUGCACUGCUUACCGGUCUGGGUGGCGCAUGUGGUUACCUGAUUGGUGCGAUGGACUGGGGUCACUCUGCUCUCGGUGUCUUGCUGGGCUCCGAAUACCAGGUGAUCUAUUUCUUCUCAGCGCUGACCUGGAGCUUCUUCCUCACCGUACAUCUCUUCAGUAUACCCGAGAAGCCUCUGAGCAAGCAGCUCACGUCCGAACCUUCAGCCCCCACAGCUCCUCUGAUCGUGGCCUCUAAUGGCACUGGCUACGGGGCCUUGUCCAAGGAGCCGGUGCCCACACCUGAGCUCCGACCUCGCUCCUUCUCUGCCCUCAGCGAGGCCAAUGCCGUCACAUCCAGUGCCAAGCAGCCCAGCAAAGAGGUACAGAAGAGAAUGACUUUAAAAUCUUUAUUGUCGGCCAUGAUUAACAUGCCCAGCCAUUACCGUUGCCUGUGUGUGAGUCACCUGCUGGGCUGGACUGCUUUCCUUUGCAACAUGCUCUUCUUCACUGACUUUAUGGGGCAGAUUGUGUAUAAGGGGAACCCAUAUGCUCCUCAUAACACCACUGCUUAUGCCACCUAUGAGAGGGGGGUAGAGGUGGGCUGCUGGGGACUCUGCAUCAAUGCUGUGUCCUCUGCUCUCUAUUCCUAUGUGCAGAGACUGAUGUUACCCUACAUUGGCCUGAAGGGACUCUACUUUAUGGGCUACUUUGUGUUUGGACUGGGUACCAGUCUGAUCGGCCUGUAUCCCAACAUCAUCUCCACCCUGUCUCUGUGUAGCGUCUUUGGCGUGAUGUCCAGCACCCUUUACACCAUCCCAUUCAACCUCAUCUCAGAAUACCACAAGCAGGAAGAGGAUCAAAGAAAACAGGGCAAAGAAGACCCGUCUGUCCAGGGCCGUGGCACAGGAGUGGACUGUGCUGCCCUCACCUGCAUGGUGCAGCUAGCUCAGAUUAUAGUGGGAGCUGGACUUGGUGCUCUGGUCAACCUGGCUGGCAGUGUAGUAGUGGUGGUCCUCUCCGCUUCAACCAUGUCCCUUGUCGGCUGCCUUUUCAUCGCUGUCUUCAUACGACAUGUGGAUUAAACCUGGUCAGACUGCCAAAUAAACACACAAUCUUCAUACCAUCUACCUAUCCAGUGGCCUGUUUCAUGCACUGAACAGCCAUUUUCAGAAGUUCUUGGUUGGGACUCCUCUGGUCGCAGCUUCAAACUGCUGGGCACACAUACUUUCUUCAGGUGAACUCAGUAAUCCCAUGCAACGGAACCGUGUACCAUAUAUAAAAGAACAGGCUCGGCAUUUACUGAGCCUGAGCUAGCAAUUACACAUAAUCCAAAAGGAUUUCAUUAACUAGAAAGGUCAUUAUGCAUGUUUAGCCCCUGCUGGGCUUGCCGUAUGAGUUGAUUCCCAUGUGAAGAAGAUCAUUUGCAAAUCCAAAUCUUUGAGAUCGAUCAGAAGUGUAAAUCGACUGGGAAGCUGAGAUGAACGGAGGCCAGCAACAGUGGAAUAAGAAAAGUGAAUCCUUUAAAUAUACUUGCUUUAUUUCAGGAUUUGUAGGUUUGAGGGUUCUUUUUUCAUAACACAAGUGUUUAUGUGUUUAGAUUUUGACAUACAGUUAUUUUAUUGCAAGCAUUGUUCUUCAG